AUGGAGAGUGCCGAGUAUAUCCUGUGCAGCUGGAAAGAAUACUUGUGGCCAGCAAAGGUUGUACCUGUCCCAGGAACCCCAGUCAGAAGUAAGAGUGGAAGGGAAUUACCAGUCAAAGUACAAAUUCUCACUGUAGAUGAAAAAAUGCAAGUGGAAAGUGCAGAUGUAAUGGAUCUCACUGAAGCUGGGAUUGAAGCCAUUGCCUCAUCAGUAGGGGUAAGGUUGAGGAUCACUGAUCCACCUGUAGAUGUUCAGUGGAAGACCACUGGCCCAUCAGGCCAGUUAAGACUCUAUAGAAAAGCACUUCGACUUGCCCUUGACAUUUUGUAUUGCAGAAAACUAGCUGAGCAAAGGAAAACCACAAAGCCUCCAAAAACAGGUUUAAAGGCAUCUAGUACACACCAUGGCCUUAGCAUUGGCCUUGGCCUUGUGCAUGGCCCUCGCAGGAAGCGCAGAAAACGCAAACUAUACUAUGCGCCAAAGCUUAGGAAACAAAAAUACUUACGAUCCCAGCAGGGGUGGCUUUCAGGGAAUGAACUUGUAGAAAGCUCCAGUAGGUUCAUACAACGACCAACACCUGUGAGAGCUGUUAGUGAAAAUGAAGACAAAGAAAAGUCCACGGCCUUAAUACCUGUACCCUGUUGUCACCCUGUGGUCUGGGAAGGACCACCUGAUAAAGCUGAAUUUCCAGCUUUAUCUAUUCAGCCAGUUGUCAUCCUCAGCAAGGUCAGAAAUAGGAGUCAGAAGACAGUGGACACUGGCCGAGAGACCACAGCUUCUGAUCGCCACAAGAUCGCUGCUUUCCCUGAGAUCAUGGAAGAACCUGAAGAGAUUGCCUCAAAUGCAGCCUUGGAAGGGGAAAUAGCAUCCUCACAAUCCCUGAACUCCAGACUACCUGAUUCACUCUCUACUGUAAACCAAAAAAGGAAGCGCCAAGAUUUAACUUUGAAGAGAGCAGGAAAGAAAUUUAAAUCUCCUGAGUUUAAGGCUGUAGCUACCAAGAAGAGUGCUGGUAGAAGACGAGAAGCCCAAGCCAAAAGUAUGGCUCCUAAAUGGAAGACUCAACCCAUUAAAAGAGGAAUGCUUGUCUGGUUUAAACUCCAUGGGUAUCCAUUUUGGCCAGCUGUGGUUAAGCGUGUCAUCCAAACCACCCAAAUGGCCAGGGUACUCUUGAUUGAGGCCAACAUGUGCCCUGCACAAAGUGGCAUUCCGGUUCAUCUUUGCAGACUGAAACCCUUGGACUGUGAUGAGAAAGAUAAACUUGUGAGGAGAGCCAGCAAAGACUAUAGCCAUGGUGUGACUUGGUGCUUCUCCUUUAUUAACCAUUACCGAGAAGCAGUAACUAAGAAAUCUUUCACGGGCUCUUUUUUUGAUUAUUUUACCAGCAAUGCCAGCUACUUAGCUCGUAAGGCCCUGGAAGAAACUGACCACACUGAUUUUCCAAAGGUAAAUUAUUCUGACCUGGAAGAUUCUGAUGAAGAGACUGUCCUGGGCAAGAAGAGGCCUCGCAAGAAACUUCUCCCUGACCGCAUGAAGGCUGCUCGGGACAAAAGCAACCGGAAGCUAGUAGACUUCAUUGUGAAGAAAAAGGGGGCUGACAAACAUCUUCAGGACAUCAUAACUGGCAGAAAAGAGUCCAGAUGGCUGACAUCCUUUUUGAAACCACGCAAGUCCUUGGUUUGCAUAGAAACAUAUCUGGAAGAUGAUGACCAGUUGUAUGAAGUUGCCAAACAUUUACAGAAAUUAUAUGAUGAAACAGAUAAGAUCAUGUUCCAUCUCUUAAGAGGUGACAAAGAAAGUUUCAUAAUGGAAGUGCUUCUGCCCGAAGCAAUGAUUUAUUCAAUUGCCACAGUGGAUGAGCUCAGUUAUCAGAAGGCAGAAGAAAAGUACCUGCGAGGUCCACCAUUACACUACAGAGAGAAGGCAGAGUUUGACAAGAAAGUUUUAAAGGAGAGGAAAAGGAGGAGGAGGAGAUUAGAAAUCACCACAAUGCCCUUCAUGUCUCUACCUGCAUUACCGGCUGGGACACUAGUAUGUUUGUGA